GAGUUCCGUCCCUAGUGGUCCAAAAGCCAGGUUCCUUUUGGUAGUUAGUUGGUAAUAGCCAGGCCCUAAUGUAGCUGUUUAGUUGUUAGCCUUAUGACCAGUGGCUUUUUAUGUUCUAUAUGCAUUCUGUAUCCGGUUUCCAUGACUAACUAAUGGCACCUACCUACCUACCUACCUACCCCCCUCAAAUGACCUCAAAGGCCAAAGUUCAAUUGGUGGGGCUGGGAAUAAUACGUGUAUAUGAAUCUAUUAUUCUUUCUAUUCGGUGCAGUUUCAUUCGUAAUGACAGCUUGCACUCGCUGACUGGAAAUAAUAAUGGACGUGCCACUAAUUGCAGGUCUAUAAAUCGGAAUACUAUAUACCAGAUACUAGACCUUUUCUGUCACAACCCAAGAGUCUGCCAAAAACAAAAUUCGCAUCAUCAGAGAGAGAGUAGGGGUUUAGUCAUCAUUUCCCCUAAAUCAAAAUUCUUCUACAGGUUUUCAAGGCCUAUAAAUAGGCCCAUUUUCUCGGAAGGCAAAGAGUACAUCAAUUAAAUGUGUUUAUCCCAAAAUGAAGUAACUUUUUGAAACAAUAUUUCUUGCCUGUUAUCCCCUCUUAUAUAUAGCUAUAUGUUUUCAUUUGAAGAGUAUAUAAUUUAUUCAUUCAAACGAGCACUUUGUUAAUCUCUCCCGAGAGCUAAAAAUAAGCAAGAAAAAAGGGGGAAACUAUAAAAAAAAACACUGCGCCUUUUUUUGCGCCGAGCCUUAUCGCGGAUCACUGACACAACCCCUAACACAUGACACAGAUUCCAUUUGCGUAGUAUAGCCCUCCAGGUUAUCUCCGAUCUUUCACACACUCCUCGACUGUCGACUGUCGAGAGUUAAGAGUUUGCAAUUAAAUGGGAAGAGAAUCUGAAAAUCUGAGAAUCUGAACUUUUUCAUGAACUUGAAAAGAUUAGGCGAUUGCCUCGAGGGCCACUCCUGGGGGUCGAUACUCUGUGGAGAGGAGCGGAAAUCGUAUUUCCACUUAGAUCUCUGGUGGUGUAAACAGCGGAAAGUUUCUCAGUUCUUGAGAACUGGCAAUUUGUUUAAUUUAAUUGAUUAUUAGGGCCAUUAGUGGCAGAGGCAGGCAGAGUCAGAGGCAGGGUGCUGGCGCACUAAAAAAGCUUAAAAAAUCGUUAAAAACUAAAUGUGUCAUCUGAGGCUUUAACAGUCAAUAGCCGCUGAGUGCACUCGUUCCAUAAUAAACAGAUGUUUCGUUGCAAAUAUUUAUAAAAAUUGUUUGCAUCAUAUUUGUUACUGGGUUAAGUCGAUUAGGCUAAGCCGCCUUCGUUGUUGUUUCUGCAAAUACUGAGAACUGAGCGCUUUAUCGAAAGCCUAAAGGCGGGAGUAUCUUAUCGGCCUUAUCAGUGCUAAACCGAGAGUCCCCAUCCACUCACACUCUAGUGCUCUAUAUAUAUAUAUAUAUUUGUAUAUUAAAGUAAUAACAAUUGUGUGUCACACAACUCACACACACGCCCACUCGGUGGCGGAGAGUAGUGCACAAUAGAAUUGAUUACAAUCGUUUAAUGGCAAUUGGUACACCAUUCCGUCGCAGUCCACCGAGGAAAGAGCACGUCUAAUUGAAAUUAUUAUAAUACACACAUAUACCCAGCACCCAGCCGCGUUUCAAAUGUUGCGAAGAACGUUGCGAAAAUCUCGGAAGCACCGGGUUCUCUGGAUUAAAGAUAUUGAUAUAACCGACCCAACAACAUCCAGUGUUAUCCUAACCGCUGCGACUCCCGAUAGUCCGAGCGGUAGUAAGACCCCCGCCAAUGCCAACAUGAUACCCGAGACCACCCAGCCCGAUCAGCUCCAGUCACAGUCACAGUUACAGUCACAGCCACAGUCGCUGUCGCAAACUCAAACACAGUCACAGCUCCAGGAUAAUCCGCUCCUGGACACUCCACAGAAUCCCCAGCAGCAAACGCAGCCGGAGGAGAAGGAGGAGAAGCAGGCGGAUGCCAAGUCCGAUGAGAGCAGUGCUGGCGACAGGCGCGACUCCAUCACCGAGGAGAUCACGAUUACGACCACCACCACCACCAGUACUCUGAGCACCAAGCUACUGACCAUCCAGGAAGCCGCCGGCACCCUCGAACAGAGCAGCCUAUCCAAAUCGUCGUCCUCCAAACAGAUCGCUUCCACGACAGCCGGUGGAUCGCCGCCCAGCAGUGCCCGUCUCUCGCCAAAGCAGCGGCAUGACUCCAGCGGCAGCAGUCCUAGCCUAGGACAAACUGCCACUUCCACGAGUCCGUGCGCCACUUCCAGUCCCCUGAAUGCCUCCUCCCAGGGCGCCACGCCCAGCAUAAAUAUCGUGUCCAGCGACUCGAACCGGGAUCAGCAGCCACUCCAGUCGCAGAGCGUCGACUCGAACGGGUUCAGCGGCGCUCCGAGCGGCGGCGGAUGCCUCACGGAUAGCCCCAGCAGCCGCAAGAGCUCCACCAGUUCCAAGGGGAAGGCGAGCCAGCCCAAGUUGUCCACCUCCAGCAGCGGACGUGAUGAGCAGGACAUCUCCCAGCACCGGCUGAGCGACCUCACUCCCCACGAGCUGAGCCUCCUGCGCGUCGACAGGGAGCAGCAGGUGACCAGCAGCAGUUCCACCUCCAACGAGAAGCCGGCCAAGCCCUCACGGCUCUCGGAGCGGGCCAAGAAGAAGUCCUGGUACAACGUCAUCUAUCCCAACUACAAGUCACGGGCCGAGGACUUUAAGAAGCUCUUCAAGGAUGUGCCCAACGAUGAGCGUCUGAUUGUGGAUUAUUCGUGUGCCCUGCAACGUGAUAUUUUAGUCCAGGGUCGAUUGUAUGUGUCACAGAACUACGUCUGCUUCCACGCCAACAUAUUCUCGUGGGAGACAUUCCUGAGCAUCAAGUGGAAGGAUGUAACGGCCAUUACCAAGGAGAAGACGGCCUUGGUGAUACCCAAUGCCAUUUCGAUAGCCAGCGGCAAGGACAAGUACUUCUUUGCCACGUUCACCUCGAGGGACAAGAGCUUCUUGAUGCUCUUCCGUGUCUGGCAGAACACGCUGAUGAACAAGCAGUUCUCGCCACAGGAGAUUUGGAAGUAUGUGCAUAGCUCCUACGGCGAGGAGCUGGGCCUAACCACCGACGACGAGGACUAUAUCGAUCCCACGCUGGACAACGGCAACGAGACGGACUUUGACUUCCAGACGGCCAUCGACGACGACAGUCAGUCGCAGCGCCAGUCGCAGCAGUCGAACCAGUCCACCCAGUCCAAUCCCCAGCUGCCCCACAGCGGCAACAGCAGCGCCAGCAGCGGCGGCGGUGCCAGCCGUGCCUCAGCGCCCCGCAAAUCUAAAACGAAAUACUUCUUCAACUCAUCCAAGUCCUCGGCCAACGCCUCGGCCAGCGGUUCGGACAACAACAAGACCAGGGAGAGUUCACGGAAACUCAACAAGAAGAUGAAACAGAACGCCAAAGAGUUGACGCUCAGCUCCGUGAAGCCGGCGGAGCAAUCGGUCAGUGUCACCAUGACCCAGGUGCCCCCAGCCAGUAGCAGCAGUACUGCCGGCUCCGCGACGAACACAUCCACCUCCUCCACAAUCGCCAAUCAUUCCGGUUCAGGAACGUUAACUGGUUCGGGAUCAGGCUCUGCCCCUGCAGCUCCUGCAGGUGGCAGCGAUAAGAAGAGUGCAGAAAAGAAAAUAAGUACGGUUUCCAGUUCAGGGGCAGCAGCGACGGCCGGGACGGCCUCAGUGUCCCACGUAGCUGGCACUUCAGGGUGUCCUGCGACGGAAUCCAAACUGGAGACCAAACGCAAGCUGAGCAAAAAUCACAAAAACGCCGAAGAGGCCGUGCCCACAGAUGUGUCCGACUCGUCGGACUCUGAAGCGAACAAUGUUCCAUUUGUGCCCACCACAGAAUGCACCUCCACGCACGAGGGCCGCCAGAUUGUUCACACCAUCCUGCCCAUCAACGUGGACACUCUGUUCAAUAUGCUCUUCAGUAAAUCCAAAUUCCUGACGGACUUCCAUGCCUCGCGCAAGUCCACCGACCUCAUAAUGGGCGAGUGGUCGAGGAACGAGGAGGGCCUGAAUGUACGAACCGUGAACGUCACGGUGCAGUUGGCCGCCUCCGUGGGUCCCAAGUCUUCAAAGGUAACUGAGUACCAGACCAUGCGGGAGUGCAGCAAGCCGGGGGAACUGUAUUCCAUAGACGUAAAUAGUGUAAAUGCAGGCAUUCCAUAUGCGGACAGUUUCAGUGUACUCAUCCACUUCUGUCUGGCCAGAACGGUGGAUGAUCACACGAUGUUGUCGGUGCACACCCAGAUCAAGUACAAGAAGUCGAUUUGGGGCGUUGUCAAGGGAUUCAUCGAGAAGAACACGUGGGCGGGGUUGGAGGACUUCUUCGGCUCCCAGCUGCACGCCCUGCAGAGUGAGACGUGCAUUCCGCCCGCCAAGGGCAAGGGACGUCGUCCGAGGAGAGGCAUGAAUAUCCCUCCAUCUGGGACAUCAACUGCAUCCGACACAGCAACUGCGACAACCACCACCACUACGGCAGUGGCCACCACCACGAGUACGGACAAUGACAGCAUUCACGAGGCGUCACAUCAUCUGUCACCUGUCACCGGCAACCUGUUGCUCCAAUCCCAUCAACAGCACCAGCACCAGCACCUGCACAUGCAUCACCACCACCACCAUCACCACGGUAGCCAGCAGCAUCAUCACCAUCAUCAUCAGCAUGGCCACCAAGAUCCCAGCAGGCCCUCCCAGCAUCAUCAACAGCUUUCCAAUCACCAUCACCAUCAUCAUCAGCAUCCCCAUUGGCAUCAUCGUAAGACAGUAUUUCAGUCGAGCCGAGGAACCGCCACACAAAUACGCCCCCUGGAGGAAGCAGGCGGCACGGCACAGCCGGGCAUUGCCGGCUUACCCGGCGACACCCUGGACACCCAGCCGCUCGUCCCCGGGGCUGCAGUCGGCGCCGCUCCCGGUCAUCCGCUGCUGCUCGAAGGCGGCAAGCUGCACCAGCAGUCCCAUCUCCACCACCAACAGCAGCCGCACCAACACCACCACCUACAGCAGCACCACCACCACCACAAGCAGCAGCAGCAGUUGCACCCGGGCGGCGACGACGACGGCCAGCCACUGGCGAUGGGUCAAGGGCAGGGUCACAGACUCGGUUUCAGAAACAGGGGCUUGUCGUUGUUGGUUAUUCUGUUGCUGUGCUUGAUGCUGGCAUUAAAUGUGAUAUUAUUACUUAAGCUCUGGAAGCUGGAGGAACGGAUUGACGUGGAUCUCAGUCGGCGGGCGCGACUGCCCAGCUUGGCGGCCUUAAAGGAGCUACCUAACACAAAUCAGGAAUGGCUGGAGCUGCUGCGCGAUCAGGAGAUUGCGCACGAAGCCGAGCUGGACAAAUGGCAGCAGGUGCUUCAGACUGCCAUCGAGUUGCUGAAAAAGGUGAGCAAUGUGUGCGAAAAGAUCUACAACGACGGCAAGCUGCGUCAGCGAAUCGAGUCGAUGUCGAUGCCGAUGCCGGCUCCGGCGCACAGUGAAUUCUAAGCGUCUCAUUAGGCCGUGAAUAACAUCAGUGCUACACCACCACCACCCACAUCAGGAACAGAAAUCAGCAAGCGACAGCUAAUUGCAACCUUAACACUCAUAAACCCCCACACACACACACAUGUAUACUUGCAGUGCGUUUCGAAAUUGUAAGACAUUUUGAUGCAGUCUUAGAAUAAGUCGAAGGAGUUUAGUUUUCUCUGGCAGCUAAUUGACACAAUAGUUUGUUCAUUAAAAGAGAAUGAAAAACCUUUCAGAAAAGUCUGUAAUUCAAAAUGCCUUAAAGCCAGGAAGCGCAGUGUUCUAGCGGACAUUUGUAACUGAUCUCUUAGUUAGUCUCUAGCAAUACACAAACCCGAAACUGUUGCAUGUCCUUCUCCCUCUGUUCAGGAAAUGAUUUCUCCACCGCUGACUGAACAACUACAGCCACCGGAGAAAUCAUUUCCUUAGCCAUAAGUUCUGUAUUCCGUAGAGAAAACUCAAGGCGAAGUCAUUUCGAUGUGUACCAUUUAUGAAAUUUAUAAGAACUGAAAUCAUGUUCGAACCAAAAUUCAAAAGUUCAGAAAGAGGCCAGUCCCACACACCCCCAGUCACAAAUUAUAAUUUUUGUAAGUAAUCCCUUAUUUUCUAAGAUACUCUGUGACUAACACUUUUUUUAUUUCUCAAUCUAACCACUCUUGGUUAAUGGUGUUUGCUUUUUAAACUUUAUGUUGAUAAUUUUGAGUCUUGUGUUGCAUAGCUCUUAUCCCAUUUUACUGAAACACCUUUUGUUUUUUCAGACUGAAAGAACUUUGGCUGAAAUGAUUGUACGCUAAGCAACUAAUUAAAUUGAAAUUGAAAUUGUGCAACUAGCAUAUUAAUCCAAUCCAAUUGUCUUCGACACAAGAAAGCGAAAUACGCAAAGCACACUAGCCCUUGGCGAAGUGCAGAGCCACAAAAAAAAAAAACAAAAUUAAACAAGAAAAUCUGAAAUUGAAUUUAAAAUUCAACUAAAAUUUAGUCACAACCUACAUUGUGUAAGAAGCAAAUUAAGAAAAGAAAAGAAAAGAAACUAACUGUCAUUUUGAAACAUUUACGAUUAUGUUGUAGUAGUUUAAGAGAAGCAGAGUGUAAUCUAGCUCGUAGGUAGCUGCAUUUUAGUUAGAUUAGAGCAAUUGUAUGUUUUUAAUCGCGGCAUUUAUGUACGUGUAGCACCCGUCGUUUGCUUGACUUUGAUUUAGACGAAAGUUUCUACGAAUUCCUCAAGUAUUUCAUAUCUUACAACAUACCAAAAAUCGUAGCGAAUCAAGGAGCGAGCGCCCUGAAUUUUUGUUUUAGAAAAUUCAUUUACACGUCAGAGUGUCUAGUGUCGAGAGGCGAGAGUUGAGAUUUGAGAGUCGAGUAAGCGCAAAAGCUGGCCAAUAAAAGCCCAAUAAGUAUAAUUAAUGUAAUCUGUAGUUGCCACUGUUUUUUUGGCCAGAAAGAAUUUGAUAAAACCGUUUAUACAAAACUGUUUAUUGUGUACGAUAUUUUUGUAAACCAGUCGAAACAAUUGUGAGCAAUGUUUUGGUUCUUUUGUGAAACUCCUGCUACUAAGUCUACACCCCAGAACCGUACACAGAAAACGGAUUUAAAUAUUUAAAGCGCUAAGCCAGAUGAAAACCAAUAAUUGCGUACUCUAUAUACAUUAUAUAUAUGUUACAUAUAUAUGCAUAUAUAUAGCCAAGUAUUGUUAGUCGGUAGUAGUUGCAUUUUAAAUCAAUAAGAGAACCGAAAUUCAAGAAAGCUAAUUAAAGCAGUAACUCGUGCUAGUUUCGAAUGUGAAUCGCAUUAAAAGGAAUAUUAAGGUAAUUAGUUAAGGUCAUGCAUGUUGGUUAACCCAAAAAAACAGUCAAAUUUGAGCCUCAGCCGAGUGGGCUUACAAUUUUUGUCACAACCUAGACUUUUAAGAAACCGAAUGUUACGCCGCAGCAAAGAAAAUUCUAAUUUAUUAUAAAACCGAAUAAAGAAAACAAUGUGUUUAA